CGCUUGGAGCGUUUGGUGUGGUUUACAUUGUGUUUCGUCAUAAAAUUGUGUGCACUAUCUCCUAGAAACUGUUCUAAAAUCACUCCGCCAUUAUUAAUUUUAUGUUUUCCUAGUGACCCGUGUGUUUAAAUGGACAAUUGGUUUUGAUUUUCGAAUUUAAAAGCCUAGCAGCAGUGUUUGAGUAGUGUAUCAUUUCCUGUUCCAUAUCGUGCAGAAACAAGCUACUGCGACAAUUAUAAUACUCAAUUCAAUAUCACAUACGCGCCGAACGCGGCCUUCGCUUGUGUUGUUGCGGAAGCCGGUCGGGAUUCAUGCAAAUAAUGACCCCAGAAAACAGUGUAGUGAAGUGCAAAGUGACAGUGUUGUGAAACUCGCGUUCGCUGGAUUAUAUAAGUGCAGAAUGAAGGUAGACGGCGGUCCGCCCUGACGAGGUCGGCGCCGGCGUCCGCGGCGGGCGAGGCUCGUGUCAUGGCCCCGGCGCUCAACGUGACACCCCCAGAGAGUUACGACGUGGCCGACGAGGCAGACAGACUCACCCACCGACGACGGACGCUCGCGUCCGUCCACAACAUCACCUCACACAUGGAGGACGACGACAUGGGCCUCCAGCAGCCCAGUCUCGCUAAAGAUUCCCAGGAGAUGGAGCAAAUUCUCGUGGACCUAGGCAAUAACGAUGCGGACUUGCUGCAAGCGAUCAAAACUUUGGAAAGCGGCAGCGAUGCCCUGUCCACCGGUGACCCGGACGCUAUAUUUCCGCUUUCGGGGUUCGAUUUGGCCGAGACGGCGGAUUCCGAGGGCGAUUCCGCUGAGGAUAAAAUCAGAUUGAUGCAAUCCAGGUUGGAGCACAGAUGCGCUUUUUUAUUGAGAAGGCUUAGAAUUUACCAAGCUCGAUCAUUAGGAAAGAGAAUAUCUGAGGAGGCGGCACAGACGUUUGAGAAAUGUGUCCGGGGGGCGAGAAAGGAUGGGGCGGGAAGACCAGUCGGUAUUAAAGCUUUACUGAAGAGGAUUGACACGACUGCAGCAUUGCAAGCUAGUGCUGCAUCUCGUAGUGUAGUCGGUCCAAAGUAUUAUCGUGCGGGUACAUCUAAAGGUGAUGCUACAAGAUCUGCCUCACUGGGAAUACCUUCGGGCACACUCACAGGGCUAGAAGAUGCCGCUGGUGCAUUGCGUUCACAUCUAUCUGUUGUGAAGCAUCAGUUGGACUCUGAUGCUACGGAUUCCUCAUCGGGAGCUGAAAGUAAUGAUGAGGCAGUGCCCUACAACAAUCCUCAUCAACAACCGAUGCCCAUUGAGAAGCGUGCACUGUGGUCAUGGCAGAAGAAGCGGGCCUCCAUCGCCUCGCGCUGGUGUUGGCUGCAAGUGCAAGUUCAGGAGUUGGAGUAUAAGAUACGACAGCACAAUGAGCUGCAUAAACAGGUUAGAGAGGCAAAGGGUCCGGUGGAGUUUGAAGGAGAACCUGUGGGCUAUUCUGGAUCUUUGCCUGGAGAGAGUGAAGAUGAGUCAAUGUGCUCGUGCGCACGUGUCAGACCUCUACGCAGGGACACAUUCAAGAAAAGAAAACUACUGCAGAUGCAUAAUCUCCAUAUUGCUACCGCCAAGGCAGCUAAACCUGCAGAUAUCAAAUGCAGCUGUCAGUCGACAGAGAGCUGUGCGGUGUGCACCGGGCGACAGGAGCCGACGCAGCCCGCGCCGCCGCCGAGCACGCUGCCCGCGCCGCAGCGGGUCGCCAACGUGCACCCCGCCUUCCAUCCCGUGUUGAGUGAUGUUAGCGAGAUCCCAACGGGCAUCCACAUGUCGGCGCUGUCCGGACGAGCAUGGUUCCGGUCGCGGUGCAGCAAGGCGUGGCGGGGAGCGCACCACGCUCCGCCCCCCAGACCGCCCCGCCCCACCCCCGAGCCGCCCAAACAUAGGAAACACCCCACCAAACAGAAAAGAGGGCGUCCGCCGCUAUCGCGCAAGGUGAAGGAGAGAGAGAAGGAUGAAGAUACAUCGACGUCGGGACAAGAGAGCAGGGGCCGCGGUCGUUGGAGCACGGAGUCGCGUGCGCGGCGCGCGUCGUACGACAUCGACAAUAUCGUGAUACCGCAGAGCGUCGCCGCCAGCACGCGACCGCAGAUACUCACCUACAAGGAGAUCGUUACACCCAAGUGGAGAGUGUUGGAGAUACCUGAGCAUCCACUAAACAACGGCGUUACCAAAUCCAAUCGAAUGUCGAUUGAGAGUGAGGAGGAAGACAUAUCCGAAGCAGCGAUGCAGGCGCGGCACUCGCGCGCCGAGCUGCGUGAGAGGAGCCGCUACCUCCGCAAACAACGCACGCGCCGCCAGAACGCGGACGCCACGGAACCCGGUAACCACGAGGAACCACCGAACCAGUCCGGGAACCACGAGGAACCACCGAACCAGGCCGGGAACCACGAAGUGCGGAACCAGCCCGGGAACCAUGCGGAACCGCGGAACUCUGAGGAUCCAACGCAACUGCAAGAGAUGGUGAGACCGUACACUCCUCGGCAGUUUCCGUUGCCAGAGCCCGUCUACCAGGACAUGCUGUCCAGCAUGCCGGACAGUUACCAGCCCAGUCCGGAACUGUCUCCCAUGAUGGAGGAGGACAUCAAUGACUCCAGCACGCUAUCCCCCAUGUCCCCGCUCGCUUUCGAGGGGGAUGAUCCAGAUGAUGUGGAAUGGGACCCGACCAGUGAAAAAAGUGACAGACGGAAAAGUGCUUUCAAGUGAAGGAUUCUGUGUUUGAAAUGCUGUAUUUAAGUAGUGAGUUUGCUCUGGUUUAUACAGUUGUUUUUUUUUUGUUUUUAUCUAGGUCUUCUAAAACAUAAUACAUGUUCCUGACUUAAGUCUAAUAUUUUGUUACAAGAAUGUUUCUUUCAUAAAUAUUAUAGUAUGAUAAAUUGCUAAUAUUGCUUUAAAAUUAGCUAAUUAUAAGCAAUAUUGUUAUAAGUUCUAUAGCGGUCUAAACACAUUUUUCGUGGUUUUAAUUGUUUUGUUAAAACAC